UAGACAAAUCAACAAACAUGUACUACCACUUAAAUUGAGUCAAACAUUGCUUGAGUAACUAAGAGUUUUCUUCUAGAUGUGUUUUUAUUCUAAAUUCGAUGAUUCUUGACCAUGAUUGUGAGUUAGAUGAUGACAAGAAACUAAAAGAGGUAUACAAAUGUCUUUAACAUUUUUCUUAUUCAACUUUUCAUUAUUCUAAUAAGUAACUGAAUUUUGCUCCUUAUCUAUGACACGUUUGGGAUUUGUACAUUUUGACAUAUUAUGAGUCAAAUUCUUUUUGAUAAAGCUUAAUGCCUCGAUCGAGAAAAUGGAAAAACCAAAAGUCAACAGCCCACCAACACCCCCAAUCAUCAAGAGCAACUGGGUAAAACGUUCUCUGACAGCCACCGUACUAAUCGUCUACAUGAUUGUAGCGGCCUACCUAGGAAUACCUGCGAUAUGGUUCAGCACCCUAUUGAUCCAGACCAAAUGCUACCAAGAGAUCAUCGCUAUAGCAUACAAACACUAUUCGGAACGAAUGCCUGGAAUACCACUGUUCCGCACCUUUAACUGGUAUUUCUUGUUUCUGGCUAAUUAUUAUUUUUUUGGAGAGACUUUUGCUCAAUACUUGGAGGUCCUUACUGUAAAGUAUCAAAUUUUAGGGAUGCUGUUUAAGUAUAAUAGACUGAUAUCAUUAUGUUUGUAUUUAAUAGGAAUAGGAUGGUUUUUGAGUUUGCUCUUGAAACAGAAAAGGAUAUUGAGGCAACAUUUCAGUUUACUGGCCUGGAUGCACGUUCUUUGCUUGAUUAUUGUACUACAGAGCUACAUGAUUAUCCAAAACUUAUUUGAGGGCCUAAUAUGGGUUAUUAUGCCACUCACUCUGGUGUUCCUGAAUGAUAUUUUUGCCUAUAUUUUUGGUAAAAAAUAUGGUAAAACCCCACUGAUCAAGGUAUCACCAAGUAAAACUCUUGAAGGUUUUCUUGGUGGUGGCCUUGGAUCUUUAGUACUCGGAACAAUAAUUGCUUGGGUUCUUUGCCACAUAGACCAUAUGGUAUGCCCCACGAAGUUCCAACUAGUAAAAAACACCAUUGAAAUGUCCACCAACUGCUCCAGAAGCUACUUGUUCCAGCCAGUUAAUUAUUAUGGAUUUAAUUACUAUCCUUUUCUGAAUCACCUUCAAGUGCUUACCCUCUUCGCCUCCCUCAUAGCUCCCUUUGGAGGCUUUUGCGCUUCAGGUUUUAAAAGAGCUUUUAAAAUGAAGGAUUUUGGAGAUACCAUUCCUGGACAUGGUGGGGUUAUGGAUAGGUUCGAUUGUCAGUAUUUAAUGGCCAGUUUUGUUAAUGUUUACAUCAUUAGUUUCGUAAGGAAUUACAGUGUUGAAAAGUUUUUAGCCAAAGUGCUGAAUAUGAACGAGGAGGUUCAGUUGGAGUUUUUUCAUGUUUUAAAACAGAAUUUGACUGAUCAGGGUUUGUUGAAUUAGGUUUAGGGGUUAUGUAUUGUACUGGAAGACUGAAUAAUGUAAUUCUAGUAAUAAGUUAAUCAUUUAUAUCGUAGUGAUCAUAUGAGUCAAAUAAAAUAACUAUUUAUAUUG